GACCCUAUUUCAUAUUACUCAUAAGCCUAGUGGAAGAUGGCAGCCUCGGUGGAGACGCCACAUGUUGUUGUUGAAACUGAGAGAGACUCAGAGGAAGAUGAUCUCAGCCAGAUCGAAGGCAGUGAAGAAGAAGGAUCAGGCAGUGAAGGGAGUGAUGAAGAGGAGGAAGACGUCAGUGUUGGGAGUGAUGGUGAAGAGGCAGAGGAUGAGGAGGAGCAGAAUGAAGACAUGAAAGAAAACCCUAAUGCUGGCUGGGCAGAAGCCAUGGCCAAAAUCCUGAGGAAGAAAACGCCAGAUGACAGGCCCUGCAUCCUGCUGAAGAACAAACAACGAGACAAAAUCAGUGAGAAGGAGAGGAAAGAGAAGCUCGAGAAAAAAAAGCAGGCAGAUAAAAAGAGAGCAUGGGAAAUGAUGUGCCGGGUAAAGCCAGAUGUAGUACAGGACAAAGAGAAGGAGAGAAAUCUACAGAGAACUGCUACCAGAGGCGUAGUGCAGUUGUUCAAUGCAGUGCGGAAACACCAACAGAAUCUGGAUGAAAAAAUGAAGGAAGUUGGUGGGUCUGAAAGGAAGAAAGCAAAAGUCCUCUCCUCUGUGUCGAAAAAAGACUUUAUUGAUAUACUGCGAGGGACAGCAGGAGCCACUACACCUACCAUUAAGAAAGAGAAAUCUAUGCCUGAAGAGCCGAAAGAUGAGAAGCCAGUGUGGAGUGUCCUGAGAGAUGAUUUCAUGAUGGGUGCAUCCAUGAAGGACUGGGACAAGGCAAUUGAUGAAGAGCAGGGAGAAGAGAAGUCAGGGCCUGCAGAGGAUUUCAACAGUGACUCGGACUGAGUUAAGCACAGUGUUGUAUCUGUGCCUAUGUGGGAAUGCUGCUGUAUGUUUAUCCAGCACAAACAUUUUAAGUGUACUGUGUAUCUCAUGAGAUGCGGAGGGAGUAGAAUUCAUAGAUCCUGCUCUCAGGCAAAGGACUGUCACCCGGAGUUCUUUGUGCCUGGCCUAUAUGAGAGUGGAUUGGGCAGACACCAAGGAGUCAGAAGCCGUUCCUGGACAGCGUCACCCUGAUCUCUCCUGGCUCUUUAAUGAAUUGUCAUAUCUUCCCAGAGAAUUCUGUGAAUUGCCAAGCAUUGUUUUGCUUAUGUGCUGUAUAUAUGUUUUUUUCCAUUAUAGACCCUCACUCUGAAAUUAAAAAUCUCUUCAUAUAGGUUGUUGAUUUUGA